UUACAGGGACUCAUGGAGCCAGAAUCUGGGGCCAAUGGAACAGCUGUUACUGAGUUCAUUCUGCUGGGCUUGGUGGAGACACUGAGGCUCCGACCACUUGUAGUUGUUCUCUUCCUCUUUGCCUACCUAAUUACAGUUGGGGGCAACCUCAGCAUCCUGGCUGCCAUCCUGGCGGAGCCCAAACUCCACACCCCCAUGUACUUCUUCCUGGGGAACCUGUCAGUGCUGGAUGUCGGGUGCAUCAGCGUCACUGUUCCCUCAAUGUUGGGCCGUCUCCUGUCCCACAAGCGCACAGUCCCCUACGGAGCCUGUCUCACUCAGCUCUUCUUCUUUCAUCAGUUGGCUGGUGUGGACUGCUUCCUGUUGACAGCCAUGGCAUAUGACCGGUUCCUGGCCAUCUGUCGGCCCCUCACCUACAGCACCCGCAUGAGCCAGACAGUCCAGAGGACGUUGGUGGCUGUGUCCUGGGCUUGUGCCUUCACCAAUGCACUGACCCACACCGUGGCCAUAUCCACCCUCAACUUCUGUGGUCCCAAUGUGAUCAACCACUUCUACUGUGACCUCCCACAGCUCUUCCAGCUCUCUUGCUCCAGCACCCAACUCAACGAGCUGCUGCUUUUUGGUCUGGGAAUCCUCAUGGCAGGUGCACCUGUAAUUCUCAUUGUCACCUCCUAUGUCCACGUGGCAGCUGCUGUCCUGCGAAUCCGCUCUGCUGAGGGCAGGAAGAAGGCCUUCUCCACGUGUGGCUCCCACCUCACCGUGGUGGGCAUCUUCUAUGGAACAGGCGUCUUCAACUACAUGAGACUGGGCUCAGUGGAGGCUUCAGACAAGGACAAGGGGAUUGGCAUCCUCAACACUGUCAUCAGUCCCAUGCUAAACCCACUCAUCUACAGCCUUAGGAACCCUGAUGUGCAGGGAGCCCUGCGGAGGGUGCUUAUAGGGAAGCGAGCACUAGCUUGA